ACGAGGACGUUUACGAUGAGUGUUCUGCUCUCUGCCUUCCAUCAUCACUCAUGGAAGACUCUAAUCCUCGCGAGCCAGCGCUGCAAAACACUGCACCACAUCAAAUCAACGCACGCAUCGUUCAUCAUCCACUCCCUCCACCGCAACACCUACGCCAUCAGCAAACUCCUCACCUCUCUCCUCCCUCUCCCCAAUCUCAACAAUCACUUCCCCUACGCUUCCCUCAUCUUCAAUUCAAUCCAAUCUCCCAAUGCCUUUGUUUACGACACGAUGAUAAGACUCUCCUCUCGAACCUCUCAGCCUCACUUGGGUGUUCGCUAUUUCAAACUAAUGCUCACGGAAGACGAGGGGGUAGCUCCGAGCUACCUCACGUUUCAUUUCUUGCUUGUCGCUUGUUUGAACGCUUCUCUGUUCUCUGUGUGUAAGCAAGUACAUUCCUGGGUGGUUAAAAACGGCGUCUUUGCGUCGGACGGUCAUGUACAGACUGGAAUCUUGAGGCUUUAUGUGGAAGUUGGAGUUUUGUUAGAUGCACGGAAAGUGUUCGAUGAAAUUCCUCACCCGGAUGUUGUGAAGUGGGAUGUUUUGAUUAACGGGUAUGUUAAAUGCGGGUUAGGAUCCGACGGGUUAAUGGUGUUCAGGGAGAUGUUGGGCAGAGGGAUAGAGCCUGAUAAAUUCUUAAUUACGACGGCGUUAACUGCUUGUGCGCAAGGUGGGGUUCUAGCUCAGGGGAAGUGGAUUCAUGAGCUUUUGAAGAGGAGGAAGGGAUGGAUUGAGUCUGAUGUGUUUGUAGGAACGGCGCUUGUUGACAUGUAUGUCAAGUGUGGUUGCUUGGAGACGGCUGUGGAAGUGUUUGAGAAGUUGAGUAAGAGGAAUGUCUUCUCAUGGGCGUCAUUGAUUGGUGGAUACGCGGCUUAUGGUUAUGGUAAGGAAGCUAUUGCGUGUUUGGAGAAGAUGGAGCGAGAAGACGGUGUGAAGCCUGACAGUGUAGUACUUCUUGCGGUGUUAGCCGCUUGUGCUCACGGAGGGUUUCUUCAAGAAGGUAGAGGGGUUUUUGAUGAUAUGGAAGCUCGAUACGGGAUCACUCCAAAGCAUGAGCAUUAUAGUUGUAUUGUGGAUUUGAUGUGUAGAGCUGGGAGAUUAGAUGAGGCAGUUGGUGUUAUUGAAGAAAUGCCGAUGAAACCGCUUGCAUCUGUAUGGGGUGCGUUGCUGAAUGGUUGUCGAACGCACAAGAAUGUUGAGCUAGGAGAACUAGCUGUUAAGAAUCUUCUUGAGUUAGAGAAAGGUAAUACUGAUGAAGAGGAAGCAGCUCUUGUUCAACUCUCUAGUAUUUACAUGACUGCUCAGAGAAACGGCGAGGCAUCUAAGAUUCGCCAGAUGAUUGGUCAGAAGGGAAUAAGAAAAGCACCGGGCUGCAGUGUAUUAGAGGUGGAUGGAAAUGUUACAAAAUUUGUCUCGGGAGAUGUGUCACACCCAUUUCUGCUGCAAAUACACGCAAUGAUUCAUCUCCUAUCUGUUGAUGCCUUGCAGAUUCUGUAGCACUCACUCAUAAACUGCAAGUCUUAUCAGAGGAUGCUCUUGGGUUCUCUUGUUUCUACAAACUGCCUUUUUAAGCAUAUCAAACCCGCAACGCACACUUCCUUUUGAAUGCAUUGUUUAUGUCAUGAUGAACAUAGGAGUGUAGAACUGAUCAAACCUCUGUUUUGGAAAAUACUGGGGACUUGAGAGGGGAUCCUUUGGGUGAAUUGAGCUCCUCAUGAUCAUUUUUUCUUACCAUCAGAAGCUCUGGUGAUAGUGGAGGAGGUGGAGAGGCGUAAAAGCUUCUGGUAGAGUCACUGGUGGUGGUCUCUUCUUUGUGCUUUCCAAAAUAUUAAUGUCCCAUAAAACCCAGUCCUGUGUGGUUGACAUAUGAGGAAAAUCAUGUGUGACUGAGUUCCUCCAUGGUGGUAAGCCGCCAUUAGCGCGAAAAUACUGUCCUUACCUAUUAACCAGGCAAUUCAAAUCUCUCACACCAUUCAUUUUUAAAGAGACAAUGCAGAAAAGAGACUAAGAGGUUGGUGUACCUGGUCUUGAUCCUAACUUGAACACCUUCUCUAAUGGGUUCCCACUCAGUUGACGAGUCUAGUCGGCGUGGCAGCUUUUGAGUUACCCUCUUGCGAGUCAUGCCAAGGAACAUUGGCGUGUUUGAGGCGGUUAGGUUCUUGCCAAAACAGCUCUUUAGACGGAUAACGUUUGUUUCUUCUCAAUCUCCACCGUCCAUCUAGCGUUCAUAGACCUCCCUUUUCUCUGUCUUGGUUAACGGAAUCUUCAUCUGCUAGAAGAAAAUGAAAGCGAUGUGAGCUUUGGCUACCUGAAAACAGGGUCAUCUAGAUGGCCAGAGCUUCAAGAUUUGGAUUGAAGAUCAUUCAUGCGCAAGAUGUUCAGGUGCUUUGUAACUUCGUUUUUAGUUUUCUCUGAUUUGGAUUAUAGAAAAAAAAGAAGUUUGUCUUGUUUCUCUUUUUAUUUGUGGUAGUACUUAGGGAUGUUUCAUAAAACCGAUCCAAACUGAACUGAAAUUGAGAGUACGGUUUGAUUUUUAGUUAUGUUAUAUAAAUUGUGUGAAUGUUAUCUAAUAAAUCAUAGAUAAGACUA